AAAAUACAUUUUGCAAAAAGAUUAAAAAAAAUAAAUAUAAAUUAAAAUUAACAAAAAGUAAAAGGCAGUAAACUCACGCCCGUCAUAACGCCGUCAAGUAAUUGGGAAGAAGAGAGAGAGAUUACCAGUCAGCAAAAGUUCACACUUUGUUCUCUCCGGAAUCUCCCUCCUCCCAAUCUCUGCGUACGAAGGAUUGCAAGAAUUUAUCUCUUCAAAUGAGCAUCGUCGGGUCUUGGAAUUCGCUGUCGCCUUCUGCCUAAGGUUCUUCUGCACAGCUCGCCGUCCGCCAUGGCCAUCCGAGGCGUCGAUUUCAAGUGGUACGAUGGGUUCUUCUUGUCGAUGCUCGCGACGAGCGUAGUGAUUGUUGGAAUUAAUUGGAAGCGGUACCAUACUUGUGCGUACCCGUUGCAUAUAUGGAUCGUGGUUGAUUACACUACUGUGUUUGUUUUUCGGAUGUUGAUGUUUGUGGAUAAUGGGCUUGCCUCUGGAAUGGGUUUGGAUUUUGGGUGGCAGCAAAGAUAUGCUCGUUUCUGCGGAAGAGUAGUGGUCCUUUCGAUUCUUUCUCUGCUGCUUUAUCCAUUUCUUUGGACUUGGACAGUGCUUGGUACACUGUGGUUUCACAAAUCGAAGGACUGUUUGCCUGAAAGUGGUCAGAAGUGGGGUUUUCUCAUUUGGUUACUUUUUAGCUACUGUGCACUACUUUGCAUUGCUUGCAUGUCAAUUGGGAAGUGGUUGACACGAAGGGAGGCACACUUACUGCGAGCUCAGCAAGGGAUUCCUGUGUCAGAAUAUGGGGUUUUGGUUGAUAUGAUUCGGGUGCCAGAUUGGGCAUUUGAAGCUGCCGGUCAAGAAACAAGAGGGAUGGGCCAAGAUGCUGCUGCAUUCCAACCUGGACUUUACUUGACUCAAGCACAGAGAGAAGCAGUUGAAGCACUCAUUCAGGAGCUUCCCAAGUUCAGACUGAAGGCUGUUCCAACUGAUUGCAGUGAAUGUCCGAUCUGCUUGGAAGAGUUUCAUGUAGGCAACGAGGUUCGCGGCCUGCCUUGCGCUCACAAUUUCCAUGUAGAAUGCAUCGAUGAGUGGCUUCGACUGAAUGUGAAAUGUCCCAGAUGCCGUUGCUCAGUCUUCCCAAAUCUCGACCUCAGUGCUAUAUCCAAUCUCCGUCCUGACUCUGAGCGUUCAUCUCUCAGUGUGUUGACAACCAACCGGUAUGUGAGAACCCAACCUGAUAGUCAGAGGCAUUUGUUGAGGUUGCAGGGAGCAUUCUGCCCAGUCCGUACAGAAAAUGCAGGUGCAGGCAAUGAGGCAGACGCUGCUUUGGAAACUGCUGAGGAAGGGGGUAUUGCUCAUUCAUCUACUCGAGAUCUUUCAAGCCCGAGGGCGGGACCUUCCAUUGAACAUAUCAUCGUGGUCGAGUCCGCCUCCCGGCAACAACAAUAGACUCUUUUCCUGGUUUACAUUACCCAAAAUCUAACUCAAUUUUCUAACCCACAUGCUGAGGGAAGGUUGCUUACUAGAAGUCUAAAGCUUUUUGCCAUGGUUUCUGCUUGUAACGAUGGAUAUACAUAUUCAUGGAUAUGAGAACUGGGUGUGAUCGGUUAACCAAUGCAGAUCCGAUUGUCUC